CCGCGGCGCCCACGUGUAGGGGCAGGGCCCGGGGCUUCCAGGGGACCACCUGGCCCCCAAAGCGCCGUGCUAAGUGCGGGGCUAGUCACUAGCACUGGGCUGGAAGCUGAGAUCAAAGACGCCAAUGAGCCGGCGUGGGUGGAUGAGUGAGGCAGGCAAGAAUCAGCACCCGUCAGCCUGAGGGUUCGCUCCAGGGCCAGGCCUGGAGCCGGCGCCCUUACCUGCCCCUGGAGAGUCUGAGACCACUCGGGGCGGGGCGACUGCCCCUUGGCUCCGUGGCGGGUUCCAGAGGGGCGGAGCCAAGGGCUGGGCGUUCCCGCGGGCGGGGCUUCUCGGGGGGCGGGGCGGACCCCUGUGUUUGUUGCACCGUGUCAGUUACUUUGAAACAAAAGUGCUGCAGCCGCUGCUCCAGCCGGCACCCUAGGCCAGCCCUCUGACUGCUGUCGCCAACAUGGAACCCGUAGCCAGCAACAUCCAGGUCCUGCUGCAGGCAGCCGAGUUCCUGGAGCGCCGUGAGAGAGAGGCCGAGCAUGGUUAUGCGUCCCUGUGCCCGCAUCGCAGUCCGGGCCCCAUCCACAGGAGGAAGAAGCGACCCCCCCAGGCUCCUGGCGCGCAGGACAGCGGGCGGUCUGUGCACAACGAACUGGAGAAGCGCAGGAGGGCCCAGUUGAAGCGGUGCCUAGAGCGGCUGAAGCAGCAGAUGCCCCUGGGGGCCGACUGCGCCCGGUACACCACACUGAGCCUGCUGCGCCGCGCCAGGAUGCACAUCCAGAAGCUGGAGGAUCAGGAGCAGCGGGCCCGGCAGCUCAAGGAGAGGCUGCGCAGCAAGCAGCAGAGCCUGCAGCGGCAGCUGGAGCAGCUCCGGGGGCUGGCAGGGGCGGCUGAGCGGGAGCGGCUGCGGACAGACAGCCUGGACUCCUCAGGCCUCUCCUCUGAGCGCUCAGACUCAGACCAAGGUGAGUGCCCCGAGGCUGAGGGGUUGUGUGGCCCUCGGGGCGAGCCAGGUCUUCUGAUUGGACCCCUCCCUGCGCAGAGGAGCUGGAGGUGGAUGUGGAGAGCCUGGUGUUUGGGGGUGAGGCCGAGCUGCUGCGGGGCUUCGUCGCCGGCCAGGAGCACAGCUACUCACACGGUGGCGGCGCCUGGCUAUGAUGUUCCUCACCCAGGGGGGGCCUCUCUGCCCUCUGCUCACGCCAGGCCCACCUGCCAGGCAGGAGCUCUUCCCAAGCCUUCAGGGCUGCUCGGAGUCACCUGUUGGAAUGGACUAAAAGGACCCUUGUGUGGGAACAGGUGCUCCGCAAACACCCUGCUGCCGGCUGCCAGGCAGGCCCUCUGGAAGGGGAAGGGGCAGGACUCAUCAGGACCUCCCUGGACCCCUGCAGGGCAGGCAGCUUGGGCCUGAGCCCAAGCACUUGGCUCUGCUGCCCCCAAGGGGACAGGAAGCCUCUUGGGCCUCUUCCCUUCCUGGACAAGGGCCCCUGGCCUUUGCCUCACAUAAACUGUACAGUAUUUUCAUUAAAAGCCUCUUUCAUAA